AUGGGUGUCAUUGUCCAAGACCAUCUUCAGGAACAGUGCAAUAUGUUGGUCUGUUUUCUACAGAUUGUUGCGACUAUCAUUUGCUGCUGUGAUCUCUUGAUUCAGGAUCUGUCACAUUUGAAGCAGUGUUCUGAUCCUGGUUUGGCAGAGUGCUUUUGCAACGAAUGCAAAAAUAACCAAGAAGGUUACAGUCUAGUUCAAAGACGAACUGCUCAACGCCAUAACAAAAGAGCAAGAUAUGAAGCCUUUGAAAGAAGUGAAAUAGAUAUAUCUGCUCAAAGCAGCUCAAUGGAAGUUGAUGUUGAAACUUUUCUGUCCCAGGAAGCAGGCCCCUCAGAAAUAUUGGUCAGUCAGACCAACUCACCUUUUUGGGAAGCCAAUAUUAUGUCUGACAAUAACAACAUGACUAUUGACAAUGAGGUUAUUGACAAUGCUGAUGAUGAUAAUGACGCAGAAAAUGAUGAAGAAGAAAGCGAAGAGGUCAAGAAGGUCGAAGAAGUUGAAGACAUUGUUGAAAUCGAGGUUGAAGAAUUUGAUAAUGAAGACCCUUUUUCCACCCCCAAUAUGCCUGAGAACCCAGUGCACAGAUUCAUUGCUACUUUUGUGGUAAUGUUCACUUCCUGCUAUGUGGUCAACAAGGGUGCUGUUGUCUUGAUCGAGUUCAUCAACAAGCUCUUGACGAUUUAUGAGCAGGAUUUCCAAUUGCCCUUGAGCCUUCCUGGUCUCAAACGCAUGACAGGUUUCUCCACCAUGAACAAAGGCAUUCAGAGAUUCCUUGUGUGUCAGGACUGCCACAAGAUGUAUGAGGAAAGUGCAUUGGCUCCUUUCUAUUGUGACUCCAUGAAGCUUGGUGCGCGUUCUGCACACAACUGUCAAUUGACAAAAACAUCUUCCUCUGGUCUCCAGGUCGCCAAACGUGAAUACUGUUAUGAGUCAUCAUCAACUACCAUGUCUGAAAUCAACAAAGCUCACAACUAUCUGCAGAGUUUCUGUCAGCAAUGUCUAGUGAUAUAUAAACCUGGUUUUCUCACCUGCAACAUGCAUCUGCAUCUUUAUCUUCGUGAGACCAUCAACGAUUUUGGACCAGUGUAUGGUUAUUGGCUCUUUGGUUUUGAGAGAUACAAUGGGCUGCUUAAGAAAAUUGACACCAACUGA